AUGCCCAUUAAGAGCAUAUGCUAUUUAGGAGAAAAUGAUGAGAUUCUUUUUUUCUAUUCCACAGAAAAAAGCGAUGAAAUAUCUUCCCGGUUUUCGACAUAUUCUACCCUGAAUAAUAUUAAAAAAAUAAUUGAAGAAAAUGAAAAAAAAAAAAAUGACCAAAAAUAUGAUCCAUAUUUAGGAUAUGUAGGAAUAAACCUUUCUUUAUUUAGUUCAUAUAAAAAUUAUGCCUAUGCAAUUCAAAUUAUAAAUUUUAAAAUUAUUUUAACUAUUGAUGAUAAUAAAAAUAUGUACACUGAUAAUGCUAUUCGAUCGCUAUUUGUAAAACUACAUCAGUUUUAUUCAGAUGCAGUUUGCAACCCUUUCUACACCGACCGUUUAGAAAGCGAAGCUUUUUUGAAAAAAAUAAAAAUGCUAAUAGAAUCGUCUUAA